AGACAAAAAAAAAAAAGAAAAGGUUAAAAUUUUUACUCUAUUUAGGGAUAGAGAUCUUCAUCCAUCAUUUUCAUCAACCAUAUACUAAACCAUCAUCGUCUAAUCCAUCUAUCAGACCUAUUUGCUAUUCUCCCCCACCCUCUAGUCAUAUCUAUACAUCCGAACCUGAAGUAACAGCUGAAGUAAUCAACUAUCACAGCCUCCCCAGACUCCAUUGAUUUGAAUUGCGUGUACAAUUUUGGUCUACCUUUUUUUUUUUGUCCCGUAUCGAUUUAUACUCAGACUACCAUAACCAAAGCAUUAUAUGAUUAGUGAUUGAAUAGUGAUUAGAGUGAAUCCAAUAACAUGCGUCCGAUCUAUUUCCUAAUAGGUGUAAUAUCUAUAUUCAUAUCGUUGAUAUAUGGGUCACCCCGACUAGAGAAGAUCACCACUCAAUACUUACCAAAUACCAAUAAUCGAAUAAAUCAUCAACAGAAUGCAUAUCAAUAUCAUACACAGCCUCCAACAGUAAGGAAUCCAAAUCAAGAAACUACACAACAACAUCAAACUACUACAAGGAAAGAUUCAUUAGUGCCAUUGGAUUUAAGAUCGAUUGAAGAUUGUAAACUUACCGAUCAAUUACUAAUCAGUGAUAUUGAUGGGAAUUUACAUGGAGUAGAAAGAAAUAGUGGUGCUUUAUUAUGGACUUUACCCAUUGAAGAUCCAUUAGUCAAGAUUCAAACCAAUAAUACAUUCGAUAGCUCAAGCAGUCAAUCCAAUAUCCUUUGGUUUGUAGAACCUUAUCAAGAUGGUUCGUUAUAUUAUUUCACUCCUAAAUUUGGUUUGAAUAAAUUACCAACCAGUAUCAAAGAUUUAGUACUUGAAUCUCCUUUUUCAUUAAGUGGUGAUGAUAAAAUAUACACAGGUACAAGAAAAACUUCAUUAUAUACCAUUAAUAUCUUUACAGGUGAGAUUGUAAGUUCAUUUGGUAAUAAUAUUCCUGAACAUUGUCCAGUUCCAAAUAGUCAUUAUCAAAAUGCAAGAACUAUGAAUAGUAAUAUCGAUGAUACCAUCAUGAUUGGUAAAACAACUUAUGAAUUAUCAAUCUAUUCCAAAUUAAAUACUAAUAUUGUUUGGAAUGUUACAUAUUCCCAAUGGGGACCAAAUAAUAUUGAUAAUGAUUUAAUCAUGCAAAAUCAACAAAGUUUGGAUGAAUUAUAUUUCACUCCAUUCCAUGAUAAAUCAUUAUUAGCUAUUAAUAAAAACUUGGGCACUCCAGUUUGGAUUAGUAAAUUACCAUCAUUAGCUGUAAGUGUAUUUGAUGUAUUUAAUAAUUUAAAGACUUCAGAAUAUGUUAUACUACCACAUCCAUUAAAGGUUUUAAAUGAUUUACAAAUUCAAAUAGAUGAUGAAUCAUUUUCGAAUAAUAAUGAUUUGGUAUUUAUCAAUAAAACUGCUAAUAGUGAUGAAUGGUUUGCCAUGAGUUUUAAUAACUAUCCAACUUUGAUUAAGAGUGCUCCUGUUUCAAAAUAUCAACUUUCACUUUAUAAACUCUAUAACAAUCUCGUUGACAUUGAAACUAUUGAUUAUUUAAAGAACUUUCAAUUAUUGACUAGUCCAAAAAAUGAAGUUGAAUCAUUAAUUAAUGGCAUUCAUAAAUGUUUCCCCUUGUCAAGUCAUACAUCUUAUCAACCAAGUUCAAGAUUCGAUAUCGAAGAUCAUUCUAUUAAACAAAUUGGUGAUGGGUCAGAUUUUGACAUUGAUUAUCAUGACAGUAAUCACCAUAGUACAGGUAAAAGUCAACAAAUCUUGGAUAAUCCAAAUAAACUUAUUGAUGGUAUAAAAUUCCCAGAUGGAACUCCAACUCCAGGUUAUGAUUUAAUGGUUGUGGAUCAAUCUCGUGAAUUACUUGAGCCUACAUACCAGUACGAUGAAUUAAUGGCCAGUGCACAUUCCUCAAAUAGUCUAUUUGCUGGUGGUAUUAUACGAAGAAUUUUUGAAGAUUUGGUCGUGUUGUCCGUACUUUUUGUCCUCUUAAUGACAUUUGGUAAAUCUUCUAAAUAUGUCAUCGCCAUUCAAAAGUUAUUGUUUGAGAGAGGAAUUGAAGUCGAUGAUGAAGAAGAGGAAAUUGAAGAAGAGGAAUUACAUAAUGAUGAAAUGAAAAAAGACAAUACAAGUACUGUUAAAUCCUACGAAGUUUCCAGUUCAGAUUCUUCAAAUGAUAAAUUCAUGAAUGACGUUACGAAGCUUUCCACCAGUAGAUCUAUCAAAAAGGUAACUAUAGUAGAACCGAAUGAAUCUUUAGAGAAAGAAGAAGCUGAACCAGGACAUGAUAUAGCCAAAGUUGAAGUUUUAACAGAAGAUUUUGAAUUGGUAGAUAAAAUCGAAGGUGAAGAAGAAGAAGAAGUCGCCACAAAGAAGAAAAGAAAGAGAGGUAGUAGAGGUGGUAAAAGGGGUGGAAGACAUAUCAAUAAGAAUAAUUCGAAUAAUGAAAACAAUGACUCAAAUGAAACUGCAAAUACUGAAAAUGAUGAUGAUGAUACUAAUGCUGCAGAAGAAGAAAUUAUAACCACUCAAAGUUUAGUUAAAAGUUCAAGUGCUCCUAUUAAGAUUCCUAUUAAGAAAUUACAAAUUGAAAAUAACUUAAUCAUUUCUGAUAAAAUUUUAGGUUAUGGUUCUCAUGGUACUAUAGUUUAUAAAGGUACAUUUGAAAAUAGACCGGUGGCAGUUAAAAGAAUGUUAUUAGACUUUUAUGAUGUUGCAAACCACGAAGUUAGAUUAUUACAAGAAAGUGACGAUCAUCCAAAUGUAAUAAGAUAUUUCUGCUCCCAAUCUAGUCAAACUGAAAAAUUCUUAUAUAUCGCCUUGGAGUUAUGUCUAUGCUCUUUGGAAGAUAUUAUUGAAAAACCUAAAAAGUCAUUAGUCCAACAACAUUUAAGUAUCGUCAAUGUUAAUGAUGUUUUACAUCAAUUAGCCAGUGGAUUACAUUACUUACACUCCUUAAAGAUUGUACAUAGAGACUUGAAACCUCAAAAUAUUUUGGUAGCUGAUGCCAAGAAAACCAAUAAUCGUUCAACUAAAUCGUCGUCAACUGUUAAACUUAGUCAACAAGAAGAAGAGAAUAAUGUUAGGUUAUUAAUAUCUGAUUUUGGAUUAUGUAAGAAAUUAGAUAAUGAUCAAUCUUCAUUUAGAGCAACCACUCAACAUGCCGCCCUGGGAACUUCUGGAUGGAGAGCUCCAGAAUUAUUAUUAAAUCAUGAUUUAUCAGAAAUAUCACCGGAUACAAUUUCAUCAAUUGGAUCAAAUACCGUUAAUAGUGGUACUGCUGCUUCUACAUCUUCAACACUUACUGGGGGUAAGAGGUUAACCAAAGCUAUUGAUAUUUUCUCUUUGGGAUGUGUAUUCUUCUAUAUAUUAUCAGGAGGAAGUCAUCCAUUUGGAGAUAGAUAUUUACGUGAAGGUAAUAUCAUUAAAGGAGAAUAUGAUUUAUCAUUGUUGGCUACCAAAUGUCCUAAAGAUAGUCAUGAAGCUGAAGAUCUUGUUUCUCUGAUGAUAACGGCUAAUCCAAAUAAGAGACCUAACACUUCCAAGAUAUUGAGACAUCCAUUAUUUUGGUCUACAAAUAAGAAAUUGGAAUUUUUAUUGAAAGUCAGUGAUAGAUUUGAGAUUGAAAUACGUGAUCCUCCAAGUCCUUUAUUACAAAAACUAGAAGAGAGGGCCAUUACUAUACAUGGAGGUGAUUGGCAUCUGAAAUUUGACGCUGAAUUCUUAGAUAAUCUUGGAAAAUAUAGAAAAUAUCAUACUGAAAAAUUAAUGGAUUUAUUGAGAGCAUUUAGAAAUAAAUACCAUCAUUAUAAUGAAAUCCCAGAAAAUUUACAAAAACAAAUGAGUCCUUUACCAGAUGGAUUCUAUCAAUACUUUAAUGAAAAGUUCCCUAACUUGUUAAUGGAGGUAUAUUUCUUAAUUGAAGAAAACUUAUCUGAAGAACACCUUUUCAAAGAUUUUUAUUGAAACAAUAUCAUAGUAUGACGAAAUUAUAAAAAACAAACAAACUUACAAAAAAACUACAAAACAUUUACUUGUUAUGAUGAUGCAUAUGAAAUAAUUUAAUUACAAUUCUUCCUUCUUUUAGAAUCCCGAUAAAACCAUCAUAAACUAACAAAAACAAUAGUCGGCGAAUGGGAUUCUUUAACUUUUUACUACAACUUAUUCAAUUUUGAAACGCAUUUUUUUUUUUUUAAUCUUACAUUGCUUCAGUUCUAUUAUUAUCAUAUAAAUACUAUUAUGUCUAAUGUCAUACAUUAGUUUUAUUUACAAAUAUAUA